AUGAGUAAUGAAGGCAAUAAAACGACUUCGGAAGCACCUCAGAUGGUGGAGGAAGAAGGAAAGGCAAAACUUAGAAAAUGGUUAAAUAUGAAAUUUAGAAUUGAAAUGACUGAUGGCAGAGUUCUGAUAGGAGUGUUCCUGUGUACAGAUAGAGAUGCAAAUGUAAUUUUAGGUGCUUGCUCAGAGUACUUGAAAAAUAAUGAGGGAGAAACUGAAGAACCCAGAGUAUUAGGUCUAGUCAUGGUGCCUGGAAGACACAUUGUGUCAAUACAAAUUGAUGAUACAACACCAUCUCAAACAUACUAUUAUGAUGAAUAUCUAAUUAAAUAAAUGUUAUUAUAAUCGAGUGCAAAUAA